AUGCCGAUUGCCAACGGAGACGCUCUGGGGAGGGCCAUGAAGGCCGAGUUCCAGGACCACACCAAGGCUCUGGAGAUCCUGGAAAAGGACUACCAGAUCAAGGACGGUCUUGAUGUCGACACUCUGCUUGACUCCGACAAGCACGGUGCUCUCACCUACAAUGACUUCCUCAUUCUGCCGGGAUAUAUCGGCUUCCCUGCUUCCGAUGUCUCUCUGGACACGCCCGUCACUAAGCGUGUCACAUUGAAGGCCCCCCUUCUCUCCUCGCCCAUGGACACUGUUACCGAACACAACAUGGCCAUCCACAUGGCUCUUCUGGGUGGCUUGGGUGUCAUCCACCACAACUGCUCUCCCGAGGAUCAGGCGGAGAUGGUCAGGAAGGUCAAGCGUUACGAAAACGGCUUCAUCUUGGACCCUGUUGUGCUCUCUCCCAAGGCUACUGUUGGAGAGGCCAAGGAGCUGAAGGCUCAGUGGGGAUUCGGCGGUUUCCCUGUUACUGAAAACGGAACUCUCCGCUCGAAGCUCGUUGGUAUUGUCAGCACCCGCGACAUUCAGUUCCACCACAACCUUGAGGACUCCGUCACUGCCAUCAUGUCCACCGACCUCGUCACAGCCCCUGCUGGUACCACCUUGGCCGAGGCCAAUGAGGUCCUUCGCAGCUCCAAGAAGGGAAAGCUGCCUAUUGUCGAUGAGAACGGAAACCUCGUCUCUCUUCUCUCCCGCAGCGAUCUGAUGAAGAACCUCCACUACCCUCUCGCUUCCAAGCUGCCCGCCUCUAAGCAGCUGAUCUGUGCCGCUGCUAUCGGUACCCGUGAGGAAGACAAGAACAGACUGAAGCUCCUCGUUGAGGCCGGUCUCGACAUUGUCAUCCUUGAUAGCAGUCAAGGAAACAGCAUGUACCAGAUCGAGAUGAUCAAGUACAUCAAGAACACAUACCCCGAAAUCGACGUCAUUGGCGGAAACGUCGUGACUCGUGACCAAGCCGCGGCCUUGAUCGCUGCUGGUGUCGAUGGCCUGAGAAUUGGCAUGGGCAGCGGCAGUGCUUGUAUCACACAGGAGGUCAUGGCCGUCGGCCGUCCCCAGGCUCUCUCCGUCCGCCGUGUCACCCAGUUCGCUGCCCGCUUCGGCGUUCCCUGUAUCGCCGAUGGUGGUAUCCAGAAUGUUGGCCACAUCGUCAAGGGUCUCGCCAUGGGUGCUUCUACCGUCAUGAUGGGCGGUCUUCUCGCCGGUACCACUGAGUCUCCUGGUGAGUACUUCGUCAGCAACGAAGGCCAGCUCGUCAAGGCCUACCGUGGCAUGGGCAGUAUCGCCGCUAUGGAGGACAAGAAGGCCGGCGGAAACAGCAAGGACAGCAAGGCUAGCAACGCUGGAACUGCCCGCUACUUCUCCGAGAAGGACCGCGUCCUUGUUGCACAGGGUGUCGCCGGUUCCGUCCUCGACCGUGGCUCCGUCACCAAGUUCGUUCCUUACCUCGUCGCUGGUGUCCAGCACUCUCUGCAGGACAUUGGUGUCCCUAGUCUCCAGCAGCUCCACGAGGGUGUCGAUAACGGUACUGUCCGCUUCGAGGUGCGCAGCGCUAGCGCCAUGGCCGAGGGUAACGUCCACGGCCUGCACAGCUACGACAAGAAGCUCUACUCUUAA